CUCUCACGAUUCAAACUUCAUGGAGUUAACAUGGAAUACGUCAAUCCCCGAGCACAAGCCUGUCAGAAUUGCGUCAAGGCGAAGGCCAAAUGUUAUGGCCAUUGUGCCGGAAAAUGCGAGAGGUGCAAUCGAUUGAAUAGAGAUUGUACUAUGCAAGCGCCGGUUGUGCGAAAACGGAAGACUGGAAAGACAACCCACCACGUCCAGGCUGAACGAAUCGCUGAGCUGGAAGCUAGAUUGAACAAUGUGGUUUCUGUCCUCAGUGCAUCUCAACCUUCUCCCGUCGCUGGGGACGGUUCGAGACUCGGCAGUAGCCCAUUGGAUCCUUCCAAUUUGAUGACUCCUAGCACACAAGCUCAAGACACGACUACUCCGUAUCUGGGCCCCGGUCGUGCAUCUCUGCUACAAGCCUCCCCCAUAGAAAAAGGUCCCGAUGAGCUUUUAGACCUCUUUCGGCAGAACUUGGCUCGACAGGUACCAUUCAUUCUGAUUCCGGAGCUCACAACUGCCGAAAUACUCGCCAGAGAGAAGCCUUUCUUAUACGAGGCGAUCAUUGCGGCUGCUUCAUACCAUGAUUCUGUUCAUCAGCUCGCGUUGGGCAAGAAGUUCCUCGCACGAAUAUCGGAGAAUGUAGUUUUACUUGGCAAUCGAAAUCUGGAUAUGCUUCAAGGACUGAUGGUAUAUAUCACAUGGUACAAUAGUCUAUUUCACAAGACAUCGCAGGUCGUCGUUCUGCUAGGCAUCGCCCUCUCUAUGGUUAUCGAUCUCUAUCUUUAUGUACCUUCAACAAGUUUCGAAGGUCAUGAGAAAUUCCUCAAUGAGAUGAAAGGCAUAAUCUCAUGUCACCAAACAACGCUAGCUCGUGGAUCCGAGCCAUCUCGAGAAGAAAAACGAGUCAUUUUGGGUUGCUUUUACCUCUUUUCAUGCGUAUCAACAAACUUUUGUCGAGCCAAUCCGCUGCACUGGACUCCCUACAUCCAACAUUGCUACGACGAAAUUUUCAAUGCCCCCCAAAAUGACAAUGAUGUGUAUCUCGCCCACCUUGCAGCCCUGCAGCGGAUUUCGGAGGACAUCAAGCACAGUGGAAUUCGAGGAUUCCCUGCGCAGCAGCGGGAAUGGAAUCCUGCUAUCGGUGUUCAACUCAAGUUGCUCAUGUCUGAAUUGCAGAGGUUCAAGGUGUCGUUGCCUGCAAGUCUUCAGGAUGAUGUUUUGAUGCUCAUGCAUUACCAUUCCGUCGAGCUCUACCUCUUCGACAUAGGAUUCUCAAUGCCUCCGACAAACAUUGCGCACGGACCCAGUAUUCAAAGAGCUGACGCUUUACUCCUGUGUCUGAAAACCAGCCAACUAAUCAUAGACCUCUACUUCUCCGUCGGUUCCAAGCCGCACACAAACUUCGGGCCAGCAAGCACAACCCAAAUGUACUACGUAAUGAUGACUCUAUCCAAACUCUCCCUCUUCGACGCCGAGGACUGGGACUCCUCCAACCUGCAAACAUCCAUGGAUCUCUGCGCCCUAGUAGAGCGCGUCGCUGCUCUGAUGGAAGAGAAGAGCGCACUAUACGACGUGAGAGAGGAUGAUAAACCGUGGCUGCAGAUCAGUAAGAGGAUGCGACUGGUGAAGGUUCGGUUUGAACGUCUCUUGGCGAGUGAGAAUCGCACGCACGAUAUGCGGCCGAGUUCGGAGUUUCCGGAGGGAGGGGUCAUGAUGCCGUAUUUUAUGAAUCAGUUUGAUUUGUUGGAUGAUGGGUUUUGGCAGAGCUUGCCGGGAGCUGAUGGAUUCCUUGAAUGAUGUGUCGCUCUUCCAUGAAAUAAAAUAGUUUGUAGACGACCGCGUGAGGAUUUUGGUACUUGCGUUUUCUGAAAAGUUAUCCUCACUACAUAGCACUGUGGCCCUCUUGGGGCUACUGCACCAUCAACCAGGCCGUUCCCAUCACUGACAAAUCGGCAAAGGCCGACAUGUCGACAAAAAAAAGGGGACGUAUAACAUGGGAGAAGGGUGCUCCCGU